CUUCUUUCUGUUCUGGCCAUCCCCAUCAUUGUCCAGUUGUACAGCCUUUACUUCUACCCACACACACACACGCUCUCUCUCUAGCCACUUUCUCAGUUUUUGAUCCCUCCCCACGUUCAAAAUAAAACCCAGAAAGUUUGCAACUUUUGUUUUACUAAGUUAGUGAUAUCUUUUUCCUCUGUUAUUCCUCUGUUUCUCAUAUUUGUGUGAAGUUGGUGAGUCACAAUGACUGUGGAGGACCAAAGAGACCGGUUUCCGGAGGGUAUGAGAGUCCUAGCCGUCGACGACGACCCAACUUGUCUCAAAUUCUUGGAGGGUUUGCUUCGCAAAUGCAAGUAUCAUGUUACUACUACCAAUCAGGCAAUCAAGGCAUUGGAAAUGUUGAGGGAAAACAGAGAUAAGUAUGACCUAGUAAUUAGUGAUGUUAAUAUGCCUGACAUGGAUGGCUUUCAGCUCCUUGAACUCGUGGGACUUGAGAUGGACUUACCUGUGAUCAUGUUGUCAGGAUAUAGUGAUUUCAAACUUGUAAUGAAGGGAAUCUCCCAUGGUGCUUGUAAUUAUUUGUUGAAACCUGUUAGAAUUGAAGAGCUCAAGAAUAUCUGGCAACAUGUAGUCCGGAAAAAAUUCGACUCCAAGGACCAAAAAAAGUCUUCCAAUCAGGACAAGUGCAAUGGAAUUGGAGAAGGUGUACAAGGGGCUUCGCCAACAGGUAGUUCAGAUCAGAAUGGGAAACUGAGCAAGAAAAGAAAGGACCAAAAUGGAGACGAGGAAGAAGAAAGUGAAGAUGAUGAACAUGAGACUGAGGACUCAUCGAGUCAGAAGAAGCCUCGGGUAGUUUGGUAUGGGGAGUUACACAGAAAGUUUGUGGCAGCUGUAAAUCAGUUGGGAGUUGAAAGGGCUGUUCCGAAGAAAAUUCUUGACCUGAUGGAUGUUGAAGGAUUAUCAAGGGAAAAUGUGGCGAGCCAUCUACAGAAAUAUCGGCAAUACCUUAAAAGAAUAAGCAGUGGCAUGGUUGGUUCUUUGGGAGGAAAAGAGUCCUCUUAUGUGCGCAUGGGUGUGUUAGAUGGAUCUAGAGAUCUACAAUCCUUGAGAUCAGGGAGAAUCUCUAGUACUACUUUAUCAACAUACACAUCUGGUGGGAUGCUUAGUAGAUUAAACUCGCCGGCUGGUUUGAGCACAGGAGGAAUUACUUCUUCCGGUCUGGGACAACCUGGUCACUCCCAAAACUUGAGCAACUAUAUUAAUCCUUUUGCAAAGCUCCAGCCAACUGUGCUUCCAAACCAAAGUUCAAAUUUAUUCCAAGCGACUCCAGCAUUAUUACAGCUCAAUCAGUUGCAGCAGAGCAAGUGCAUCACCCACAAUGGGAAGUCCUAUCCCGACAAUGAUUCAACAAACUAUACAAUAUCAUCUACGUUUCGGAAUUCAGGAGUGUCUUCUAGUCCACUCCCUUCUGAUUCCAAUUUUUCGAGCAAUCAUUUGAUGUUACAUGGCAUACCACAACAAACACAUAGUACGGAAGUGUUUGGAAAUCCGACUUCUGUUAAAGUAUCAUUUGACAUCGGCAUCUCUGGCUCCCCUAAUUUUCUGGAUUACAAUCGGUGUAGUGAAAACUUUCAGGGUGGUGCACGGUUAUCCAGCUUUCCAUCAAAUGCUUUGCCAAUGAGUGAGCCUUUUAAUCAUGGUCAAAUGCAUGCUAAUAACUUGGGUGUUUUUUCUGGUAGGCCUCAAAUUGGGAACACCCUGAAUGAUUUUUCUUCUGUAAGUGCACUUUCAGCUCCUGUUGAUGAAUUAAGAGGAAAUGCACAGAACCAAGAAGGCUUGAUUGGUGAUGUUGUACCGACAUUGAGUUACAUGCCAAAGCAAAGGUGGGAAGAACACAAGGAAGGUUACAACCACGAGUUGAAUCAAACUUUCAGUGCCAUAAAUUCCCCGGGUUCUACAUUAGGUGUUAAUGGCCGUGUAAGCCAGAGUUUGGAUCAAAAUGUUGCAGUAUGCAGUUAUGAAAGGAAUUCAUCUUUAUUUGACCGGUUAAAUGGGGCCACUGCAAUGUUUGAGCAACCAAGUGCGGCUGGUAAGUCUUCCAUGGAGACAAAGAUGAAGGCGAAUGAGGACUACUUCUUGGAGCAAAUAAAGUCACCUAGUGGCUUCGUUCAGAAUAGUUAUGAAUCAUUGAAUGAUAUAAUGAGCACAAUAAUGAAACGGGAACAAAAUGAGAAUCUCUUACUGGAUGCAGAAUUUGGAUUCGAUGCGUACUCCCUUGGCUCAUGUAUGUGAGACAUUGCUGUUAGUUUUCGAGAAGAGAAUGGCAUCAACAGCUAUUUACCCUCUAUUACGGGGAACAUCAUUGUGCAAUUUCGUCUCUCGUGUAAUUUUUACCUCAUCUGCUACUUUCAUGUUCCUUAGUAAUUUCUUAUGUCCUUGCAUUUGCAAAUAGGAAAACUCUUAUCUUCCCAAUUGUUUCAACCUCUUCUUCCCCUUUCCUUGUUGAAGUAAUGGGCAAAUGGCAGAAUAAGUUCCCUA